AGAGAUCGCAGAAGCAAUCGAGAAAACAAAACGCUUUGUGCCAAUAGAAAACCCUAGCGAGCGAGCGAGCGGAGGAGGAAGGAGACAAAGAACGAGACUUUGAGAGACGGGAGAUUCUCGAUUUCAAAUUAGAUUUGAGAUCAAUCUCGUUAAAUCAGUAACAUAGGGGAAAGGUUCAGUGAUGGGUAAGAAGAAGAAGAGAGCGACGGAGAAGGUUUGGUGUUAUUACUGCGACAGAGAGUUCGAUGACGAGAAGAUUCUUGUGCAGCAUCAGAAAGCUAAGCACUUUAAGUGCCAUGUCUGUCAUAAGAAGCUUUCUACAGCUAGUGGCAUGGUGAUUCAUGUUCUUCAGGUUCAUAAAGAGAAUGUUACAAAGGUUCCUAAUGCUAAAACAGGUCGGGAUUCAACUGAUAUUGAAAUUUAUGGAAUGCAAGGAAUUCCACCCGAUGUCUUGGCUGCUCAUUAUGGAGAAGAAGAGGAAGAGCCUCCAGCGAAAGUUGCAAAAGUCGAAAUUCCUUCUGCCCCUCUUGGUGGUGUAGUUCCUAGACCAUAUGGAAUGGUAUAUCCGCCUCAACAAAUGCCUGGUGUUGUGCGACCAAUGUAUUAUCCCGGUCCUCCUAUGCGGCCUCCUGGUCAUGUAUGGCCUAUGCCGCCUCCUCGCCCACAACAAUGGUAUCCACAAAAUCCAGCGGUUUCUGUACCUCCACCUGCCCAUUUAGGGUAUCGACCACAACCACUUUUUCCUGUUCAAAAUAUGGGGAUGACUCUGCCAACCUCAGCUCCUGUAGUACAACCUUCACCAGUCACUGGAGUUGCACCUCCUGGGAUUACUUCAUCAUCACCUGCAAUGCCAGUUCCUCAACCUCUUUUCCCUGUUGUGAAUAACAGCAUUCCUUCUCAAGCUUCACCAUUUUCUACUCCUCUGCCUGUUGGUGGGGCUCAGCAACCAUCUCACGCAGAUGCUUUAGGAUCAGUAAAUGCUUAUCCGCCUAACAAUUCUACUCCAGGUGGGACUAAUUCUCAUUCUUAUGCCUCUGGACCAAACACUAGUGGUCCUUCAAUUGGUCCACCUCCAGUAAUUGCAAAUAAAGCUCCUAGCAAUCAGCCUAAUGAGGUCUAUCUUGUAUGGGAUGAUGAAGCGAUGUCUAUGGAGGAAAGAAGAAUGUCCUUACCGAAAUACAAAGUGCACGAUGAAACCAGCCAGGUAAGUUCUGAUUUGCCCUUUUUAGAGUUAAAGAAGAGUUUGUUUUGCACGUCUAACCCAUUCGGUAGGCUUUAUUUAUGCUUCUCUAUUCCAGAUCCUAUUGUUUCUGUGCUAAGAGGUACCACCAUAUUAUUCAGUUUAUAAUUUCUUCCCUUAGAAUAUGAUAAGUACUUAGGCAAGAAACUUAAGCAUUUCGAAUCAUUAAUGUUCGAAAGGUACCAUUUAGUAGCUUGCUGGCGAUAGGUAGUAAAGAAAUCACCUUUGUAUUUGUUUGUUUUUCAUCAUAUUUCUCCUGUCUCUUGUAUUGUAUAAAAAUGUGGUGAUUGGUUCCACAAGAUCGUACUCUACAGGUUUGGUUUCAAACCAGGUCAGCUCCUUUUAUAUUCUUAACUUUGCAAAGCUUGGUACCUUUGCACAAUCACGGCCUUGGGAGACCAUAAAGAAAACUUGUUUUAAGUCUUUCAUAAUAAAGCAUCCAACUUUUUUACUGAGAACCAAGUUUGGUAAUUGUUGCAGAUGAACUCGAUAAAUGCAGCCAUAGACAGACGAAUCUCAGAGAGUAGGCUUGCUGGGCGGAUGGCGUUUUAGUUUUCAUCACCAAACCAAACUAAGCCCGUGGCGAAGAUAAGGCGAUACUGAUGGGGCUUUGUUACUACAACUCUUCACUCACUUUUGUUCAGAUUUUCGGAAGCUAAAUUUAUGAUCUGAUUUAAGCUGUUACUUUCUGUUGUAUUCUUUAGCUAAGGUGAGUUAGUUUACCAUUGCAUUGUUUUAGAGAUCUCAGAGAUGUCUUUCUCCAGAAGUUUGAGUCUUUCUUUUUAUGUCCUUGGAGACUACAAGAACCUUGGUCUCUUUUUGUUCUGAAUUGAUUAGUAUUAUAUAAUACAGAUUCACCCAAAAUGUUUGCAUCGUA